AUGGCUGAUUUAUUCGGUUGUCUACGUCUUUUAAUCAAUAUAAUACUUUAUCCAUUUGCUGUAAUAUUUCUUAUCUUUUAUCGUUGUAUACAAUGGUUAGGUUUUCAACCAACUGUACAUGACUUUAACAAUAAUAUUGUACUUAUCAGUGGCUCAGCCAACGGACUUGGAAGAGAAAUAGCUUUAGCAUUUGCAAAAGCUGGUGCUUCAUUAGCACUUUUGGAUAUCGAUGAUGAUGGUAAUCGUGAAACUCAAAAACUAUGCUUAUCAGCAUUGCAUAAUAAACAUUCUUCAAGUCGUGUACGAAUAUAUCAUGUUGAUGUAACACGUUCUACUGAAGUUUAUGCUUGUGCCGAAAAAAUUCGUCAUGAUUUUGGACAAGUAACAGUACUUGUGGCUAAUGCUGGUUUUGUUAGUGGUCGAUCAUUAGUGAAUGAAUCAGAUACCGAUAUUGAACGUACAUUCAAUGUUAAUUCACUUUCACCUAUCUGGUUAGUUAAAGCAUUUUUACCAUACAUGCUCGAUGCUGAUCGUGGACAUAUUGUGCUAGUUUCAAGUGUGCUUGGUAUUCAUGCUUGUCAUGGUCCAAUAACUUAUGUUGCGUCAAAACAUGCCAGUUUAGGUUUUAGUCGAGCACUUCGUCUUGAGAUUCAUGCCACAAAACCAAAUACACGUGUAUCUGUGCAUUGUAUUUGUCCGUAUUUAAUGAGAACAAAAAUGUUUAAUCCGUUAAUUAGUCGUGUUUCAUUUAAAUCACUUGUUCCUAUUAUUUCUCCAAGUUAUGCUGCUGAGCAAAUAUUAGAUGCUAUUACAUGGAAUCGUAAGGAAAUUAUAUUACCAUAUCAUUUGAAAUAUAUUGGCCUUAUUAAUGAUAUUUUUUUACCACAAUGGUUUUCCGAAUGGCUUUUAUUUAAAGUUUCGGGCAGACGACCGUUGGAUACAUUUCAGAAAGAACAGGAUGAAAGUGUUCGUGAUAAAAAAAGAAAAAGUAUAUUUGUAACACAUUAA